CAACGCUAGCCACCAGCUGGCCGCGAUGUUGCUGUAGAACUCCGAGAGAUACGUAUGUCGCGAUGUGCUGCCGCUAUCUGGCGCGUCUCGGUGAAGUUAUUUAGUGCCUAGUAUGAUGGAACCUGGAAGUAACCCAGUUGAUGAGGACUUACUUAAAAAGUUGGCCUAGCUAUGCCCUACAUCAGAAUGAAAAGACUUUUUUUGCGGGGUCUCCUCUGGCUGUACCUUUUGUUAGAAUUUGGUUAUAUGGCUCUGUCACUUGAACCCGGAUAUUUGGACUUCGAUAAUUUACCAGACACAAACUUCUCCUGUCUUGGCAAAGUUAUCGGAGGUUAUUAUGCGGAUUUAGAGACGAACUGCCAGAUGUUUCACGUUUGCACCAUUGGUCAACUGGACGAACCGAUGGACAUCCGGUUCCUGUGUCUCAACGGAACAGUUUUUGACCAGGAAACUCGGGUAUGCGAAAGGAUAGACGAAGUUGACUGCUCAAAAUCUGAACAGUUCUAUGGUUUAAAUUUAGAACUAUAUGGAAAUACUCAACCACCUAUUUUAGAAGAUUCUCCAGAGACUGAACAGCCCCUAAUAAUAAAAUCCACCACGGCGACCACUUCCACCACCACGUCGAAGCCGAAAGCAACCAACACCCACUUCUAUACCAGCGCCAAACCGUCCACCAUCACCACCCAAGCAGUAGCUCCCCACCAUUUCCCGGUGGCGAAUUCCCCGGACAUCCGCUUUAAUCCUGAGGAGAUCAACAUCAGUUUGCACCCUGGUGCUCCGCCCGACAUAAGGACGAAACCCGCGACUUACCAGCAACAAAGUUACAGUGACAAUAAUAAGAAUGUUGUAGUGACCACGCACAGUGAGAGUAGUGAUGCUAAGAAAGUGUCUGUGACCACUCAUUCUGAAGUGUUCGACGACGGGAAAGUGCUACAGAGUGAAGACUUUGCAGAGAGACCACAAACUCAGACGCCGAGAACGCAAAAGCCUCAGCAUCACAACUUCGGCCUUAGCAACUCGCAAACAAGCAAGAACUUUCACCAUUCAACACCCAGUGAUAUAAACUACGAGUUUACCUUCCGUCAAACUGAGCCCAGUUUCCCAGAUUUCCACACUGAGCUGCCCCAGAGCUUCUUUCACUCAGAUUUUCACACUGAUCAAGAUUAUGCAGGUCAUCACCACAAUCCCCAGAGUCAACAAUUCAAGUCAAGCACGUUCCACGAUGAUUUCAUUUCAACCACGAAGGGAGUCAACCAUUUUCAACAGAAGGUGCCCACGACAGUUCGCAACAUCCUACAAUCUCUGAAACCGCCAGCACCUAACCAACCCCACCACUACAAUCAUCACCAGACUGAAAAACCGCAGAGGGUGCAGCUGCCUCUUCCCCUGUUGCCAACAUUGCCACCUUUAACUUUCAGCUCUCCAGCCCCAUUCGCACUUCAACAUCAUAUAGACACGAAAAGGUAUACAAAAGACCAUCCAUCCCCUCCUAGGAUAGUCAUCAGUGCAAGCGCAAGCGUCAGCGACGCUAGCGGAAGAAGACUGAACUAUUCUUUAGGAACCAUUGGUGCUGCGGAAUUCCUUGAGCAACCACCACAUUCUUACGAUGAAUAUAAAGAUGAAGACGUUGGUCUUGACCCAUUUUACCACGAUGUGCCAAAACUCAAAAGGUCAAGAUCCAAAAGAGACGCAAUUAAACACUCAGAUAUCAUCCGGAAUGAAGAAGAAGCAGUUAAUGUGCUUAAGUUCCUUUUCGAUUGGUACAGAAAUAACGAGAAAACUGCCACCGAAUCAACUACACUGCCUACAAUCGUAACUACCGCUCCUGCUACGCCUAAAACGGAUAUUAAAGAUGUCAAAACCUCUCCUAAUAAAGCAGCAGAAGCAGAAUACAGGAACAACGAGAAAAAUACCAGUACAUCGACUACAUCAACUGCACUGCCUACAGUCCUAACUGCUGCUCCUGCUACUCCUAAAACGGAUAUUAAAGGUGUCAAAACCUCGCCUAAUAAAGCAUCACAAGCAGAAUACAAGAAUAACAAGAAAGCUGUCACCGAAUCGACUACAGUGCCUACAGUCAUAACUACCGCUCCUACUACGACUAAAACGGAUAUUAACGAUGUCAAAACCUCUCCUAAUAAAGCCGCAGAAGUAGAACUACAUGCAGAAGCAAGUGAGGCAAAUCUGACUAAAGAAAACCAUAAUAACUUUGGGAACAGCGCCUUGUUCGACAGAAACAGCAAGUUUAACAUUAUUGGCAACGUCAAAAAAGAAAAAAACAUUCAAGAAAGAAGAAGCACUGAUGCUGUUACAAAGCAAAUGAUUAAAACAACCACUGCCAAAACUACGACUACGACCCAAAUAUCCAUAUAUGAAAAAGAUUUUCUUGACGAGUUAUUUGGAGACUAUGUGAAUGAUAAUUUUGAACCAAUAGUAUAUAAUCAAAAAUAUGAAGAAGACGGAAAGAAACAGGAUACAUCAACAGAAGCAGUACCAGUGGAACAAGUUAAAAACCAAACGCCUAGGAAUCACGUGGAUCACAACAUAGAACCAAUUUACUUCAAAGAUCGCAUUGAAACAAGAAGGAAUAUCGAGACAAAAGUAUCGACUAGUAUUAAAGCUGAAACGAAAUUACCACUGAAGGAGAAAACUAAAGAAACUGAAGACAUUCUACCAAGCACCAGCACAUAUUUAACAUCAAAUCACGUGAAACUUUCCAACAAAGAAUCAAAAGAACUUUCUUCGAACUCAAAUAGAAAAACUGACAACGAACCGAGGGGGGUGUCAUUUGAAAUUGGAGAUACUGAAACUAACAAUAUUAAACAGAAUAUACAGAAAGAGGAAACUUCAACAAAAGCCUCUGAACCUAUUGGGUUCUCCGAACCUAAAUCGGAGAUAUUGGAACCUGUCACGACAGAGAAAACUACAACAACGACAACAAAGCCUAAAACUAGCCACAGAAGAGGUAGGAUGAGGUACCAUACUACCACUGAAAGGGAGAAAGAGUUAGAAAAUAAAAAUGUCGUAUUAGAAAAAAUUACAGAAAGAGCUCAUACCGCGAAAGAUGAUUUCAACUACCUCAGAACCUUAUAUAAAGUUUAUACCACCACUCCUACAUAUAACUUGCCUGAAACUAGAAGCUUCGAAGAAAAUGGUAACACUAAAACACAGAGGGUAAUCAACGAUUACUUCGACUUGAAAGAAGCCAGUCCUUCAGACAAGGUCCUUCGAACUUUGGAAGAAACUAGUGAUCCAGAUAUAGAUAAUGCCACUUCUCAACCAGAUCUUAUCCCUAUCAUUACCACAGAAGCUACAACUACCACAGCUGUAAAUGAAAAAGUUUUCCCACCAACUAACAUUUCUAUUCUAAAUACAUCAGUAGGUAUCACUUCAACUGAAAGAACAUCAACUACAACUUCAACUGAAAGAACUUCAAGUACCACAACAACGGAAAAGUUUACACCACCAAUUACUACAAGUGAAAAACCCUUUAGUACUUCCACAAUCGAAGAGUUCAUACCUUUAGCAAGUAAACAGAUUAUACCAUCUAGUACCAUAAGCCAAAUGAUUACGCCGUUAAGUACCACUACAAGUGAAAAAACUAUAUCAAGGACUACAGUAACUGAACAGAUUAUGCCAAUUACUACAAGUGAAAGAAUAUCAACUACCACCACAAUAGAAAAGUAUACACCGUUAAGUACUAAAAGCGAAAAACCCUUAAGUACUUCCACAACUGAAAAAUUUAUAUCAUCAGCUACCAUUGCCAAUGAACGGAUUGUAUCAUCAGGUACUCUAAGUCAAAUCACAUCAUCCGGUACCACUACUAGUGAAAAGAUUCCAUCUAGUACCCCUGAAGAAAUUACACCACAGAGUAUUACAAAUCAAGUUAUUACAUCAAGUGCCACAACAGUAGCAAAUAUACCAUCAAGUAAAACUGUAAUUCCAUCAAGUACCACCACAACUGAAAGGAUUACAUUGUUAAGCGCUACAAGUGAAAGCACAUUACCUUCCAGUACCACCACAACAGACAUUAGUAUACCACCAAGAAGGGAUAGUAGAAGAAGAGGAAGAACUAGGUUUGGUGACGAACCCAAUCGAAGUAGGUCUGAACAGAGAAGUCACCAUAGAAGAAGGCCUGAUAAAAGUGAUACAUCUACUUCAAGAUCUAACAGUACUCCUCACUACUCCAGUACUACUGAAGAAAAUACCAUUCACAAGAAAUCUGGCUACCAAGAGGAAACAAUUGAAGAAAAUGGGUCUAACAUUAAUAGAGUCAUUUCUUAUCCAAAAAUAACAACAGAAUACAACCCAAUAUUGCCGAAUGAUGUACUAUUAAGUGGAUCAACUGAGACAACAGAGUUUUUUACACAACUGACUUUAAACUAUAAAAAGAUAUUUGAAGAUCUUAGCCAGACGUCGGGGCCGGCGACAUCCCAAGUUUUAGAUGAAUCUACAUUGGCAGUAACUGAAACAAACUAUAAUAUUACUUCAUCCGUAAAGCCUUUUGAACAGCAUACUGAAGGAGUUAAACCACAAGGAGAAUUGAUAACGCAUGGAGAUCCAUUACCAACUACGAUUCCUCCAAAAGAAGUUAGUAUUGUGGAAGAAGUGGUCCAAAGUACUAUAACACCAGACAAUAUAACACCCUUCGCUCAACUAAAGAGUGAGAGUCAAGUUUUACAGACUGACGAGCAAACAACCAUAGGGAAACCUGAUCAGGAAGCUGAAUAUUUUAAUACAGAAACUAUAGAAACUUUAGAAACUGUUCCUACAACAUCACUGAUUACUGAAAAAUCGGUUAAGGCUGAAGUAAUCACUGAAACAGCGUUAACUCAAUCUGUGGAUGAAGUUUUCAAUAAAAUGACAGAUACAACUACAGAAAAGCUGUUAGAAGAAACAAAACCUGUAGAAAUCAUAGCUGGCACAUCUUCUACAACUGAAAAUAUUAAUAGCCAAGAAAAAGCUGUGGUGACAACACAAGAAGCAGUUCAUGAAAUUAAAGAAAUUAAAUUGGAUUCCACCCGGGAUAGAAAUGCUGAUACCACUCUAGAACUAACAACUACAAACUUACCAUCUUAUCAAACAACAGUUAGUCCUAUCAGAGACGACACGCCUUUAAUUCCAAGGAUUACAGAAAUAUUUAAUCUAUUUGGUAUUACUAGAGACAAGGAUAUUUUCGGAAUACCUACAACACUAUUGACUACAGAAGAAGCAGUUAAAUCUACUGAGGCUUCCCAGGGAAACUUUGAUGAAAUCGUUUCAACGCAAAGAUCUGAGGAAAAAAAUAUAUUAGAUAUUAGUACUACAACUCCCAGUACUGAAACUUAUCAAAAUGCAGACGUCAAUCUUGAAACAAGAACAGAAUAUCCAACUACUAUAUUUGUAGUUAGAACAACAGACCGAACUCAAAUGGAAGCAAAAUUGAAGGAAGAAGUGAAGGCCGAAGAAAAUGUAGAUCAACUAGAUAUCUACCCAAGCACCGUAUAUGUAAUUAGAACAACUGAACGCCCUAAGGUGUCACAACAUCAGGAAGAAGAAAAAUUAUAUACACUUCAUCAAUUAUCUAAGCAAAAUUUACAGAAACUUAUUGAAGAAAUUGAAGAAAAUACGAAGAGCGUCGUUGCUACCACAAAUGUUCCGCCGAUGGUAACUAAUCCUAAAAAUACCAUUGCCACCGAUGAAAAGAUAAAUAAAGAUUUUUACGAGGACGUGAAGAGCGUUAUUGCUACCACAGAGAGAAGAGACGAUUUAGAGGAACUAACCAGUCUCUUUGAGUAUACAACCAGAAGUAAUAUUGUUGCUACUACUCCAGUAAACAUUGUGUUGUCUCCACAAGAAGAAAAAACGGAGAGUAGUACAGCACCAAGCACCACUGAAGUUCCUCGUAUAUAUUCAGAAUCACCAACUACAUCUGCUAACAAUGCAAGAGACACCGAACUGAUGUCUACUAGUCAAAUAGAAAGAUUGACAAUCUCUGAAAGUUCCCUCAGAACCACUCCUACAACAGUAACAACAACUAUAGCAAGUAGAAGAGGCAGUUCUAGGAGAAGUGGUGGUAGAGUUACAGGAAGAAAAAACUCCGAGGCCCGCAGAGGUGCUGCCAGGCACAGAUUCAGCACAGAAUCUUUCACCAAACGCCCUGACGGUGGCAGGCACACUGUCGAGGAGGACAUAUUAGACGAAUUGACUAAAAGCUCAAGAGGUGCCACUACUGAGUCUUACAGAAGAAGGCUUAGAGUGAGACCCAAUGGUAGCAGGGUUAAGGAUACUUCCACUGAUGCGCCCCUGCAAAAAAGUGCCAGCCCCACGCAGCCAGAGAGAGUGAAGGACUCUUUGCCUACAACCCCUCUUUCUAAAGAAGGCAACGGAAAGAGGCACUUCAUUUUCAACUGUUUCGGUAAAAAAGUGGACAAGUUUUACCCUGACCCAAGAGACUGUAGAUUGUUCCAUUAUUGUACCCAGGGGUACAAUAAGAACCAGUUGAUAGAUAUGAAGUUCGUAUGCGAUUUGAAUACCUAUUUUGACGACGUAAAACUGACCUGUUCAAAACGGAAGCCCAGGAGGUGUAUGUAAAUACUUGUAGAUUGUCUUAACAGUGUAACUCGAUUCAAAUUUCGAAUUGAAUUUUAUGUAUCGAUCCGCCCACUCUAAAAACGUACUAGUGUAAUUUUAUAAAUAUAUUUUUUGUAAUUAUUGCAUAUACAAUUGUUAU